AAAUUGCACCUGGGCUGGAAUAAUACACUAUGGCCUUUCUCUUGCAUUUCAAAGAUGAUCGUACAAAAAAAAUACAAAAAACGUGUUUUUUUCUUUGUAUUAUCUUUUACCAGAUGUGUUAUAAUGUAUUAUAUUCUCCUACAUUCCUUUCACAUUUCCACAAACUUUAAAGUGUUUCCUUUCAAAUGGUACCAAAAAAUGCAUAUCCUUGCUUCAGAGCCUGAGCUACAUACAGGCAGUUAGAUUUGGGUAUGUCAUUUUAGGCAAAAAUGGGGAAAAAAGGGUCCGAUCCUCUUAAGUCGGUCAGAGUCCACCUGAUACAACAACAAGAGUUGUUGUUUUGCAUUCUGUUCAACCUGCCGUCUGAUUUCUCCUAUCAUUCAGAUGAAAGAUGGCAAGCUACAAUGGAAGCAUAAGCUCAUACCUUCUCAUAUCUUUACUGGUUGCUUCUUGGAGAAUCUACGAUGCUGGGAAAAUUCUGGUAUUUCCCUUAGAAGGUAGUCACUGGGUGAACAUGGACAUUCUGAUCAAGGCUCUUCACUCUCAGGGACACACCAUCACAGUAGUACGGACAACUCAAAGUUGGUAUAUUAAAGAAGAGUCUCUACAUUACAGUUCUAUUACAAUACCUGUCAUUGAUGGUGUGGAAUUUGAGGAAUUUGUAAAGCCAAUCGUAAAGAAAGUAAUUGAUAUAGAGAGGGGAACGAGCUCUGUAUUAAACUUUAUAAAUUUGCAAAUCGAGAUGUUCUCUGCAAUGUCUACGGUUCAUGCACUGGAAUGUGACAUGGCAACUGCUGUAUUGGAAGACAAGGAUUUAAUGAAGACCCUGGAGGAGAACCAGUAUGACCUGGUGCUUACUGACCCAGCAUGGGGGACCGGUAUUUUGGUGGCUCACUAUCUUCAGCUACCUCUAGUCUACAAUGUACGGUGGAUAACCAGUGGAGAGGGACAUUUAGCCAUUGCACCAUCCCCCAUAUCUUAUAUUCCAAUGACUGGAUCAGGGCUCUCACACAAAAUGACCUUCACAGAGAGAGUAAAGAAUAUGCUUUUCUAUUUGCUUUGGGAAGUUCAGUACAGACUUGUAAUCCGGCCACAUUACCAGGCUGUUUGUGAUGAGUUUUUCCAACCAGGUGUGGACUUCUAUGAGUUAUUACAGGGGGCUGAUCUAUGGCGCAUGAGAGUUGACUUUGUGUUUGAGUUCCCUCGUCCCACCAUGCCUAAUGUUAUCUAUAUGGCAGGGUUCCAAUGUAAACCUGCCAAGCCUCUUCCCCAAGAACUGGAGGAGUUUGUUCAGAGUUCUGGGGAGCAUGAGGUCAUUAUCAUGUCUUUGGGGACUUUUGUGUCUGAGUUUCCAAAUGAUAUAGCUGGUGUGAUAGCUGCUGCUUUUGCCCAACUGCCUCAGAAGGUAAUCUGGAGACACAAAGGAGACAGGCCAGCUACUCUGGGCAACAAUACCUUACUAGUUCAAUGGAUGCCGCAAAAUGAUCUGUUAGGACAUCCAAAGACAAGGCUCUUUGUAGCUCAUGGAGGAACAAAUGGGGUUCAAGAGGCUAUUUACCAUGGAAUUCCUGUUGUGGGUUUACCUCUGUUUUUUGAUCAAUAUGACAACCUCCUUCGUCUGAAAAAAAGAGGAGGAGCGAAGCUUUUAUCCAUGGCAACAAUAGACAAGAACAAUAACUUCCUGGAGGCCUUGCAGGAAGUUCUGGAUGAGCCGUUCUACAGGACGAACAUGCAGAGACUCUCCAGGCUACACAGGGACGUGCCAAUGGAGCCCCUGGACACUGCCCUCUUCUGGAUUGAGUUUGUCAUGAGACACAAAGGUGUUGCUCACCUGCGUACUGAGUCCUACAGAAUGCCUUGGUACUCGUACCACUCUGUAGAUGUUGUCCUGAUAUUGUUGGCUGUUGUAGUAGUGCUUCUUCUUCUUCUUGUUGCAAUAGUCAGAUAUUUAAGCGUUAGAAGUUACUUGAAAAGAAAGAUUAAAAUUGAAUGAACAGAUCCAAUUCUCCACAUUCUGGUGCACACAAAUAAUAGGAUAAGUAUGAAUUAAAGCUGUAAUAUGUAGCUUUUAAGGUGAACCAACAAAAUUCACAUAGAUAUGUGUGUUACAGAUCUGUCAUUCUCAAUGAAAGCAAGUGUAAGAUGCCGUAGAUAUAUUCUAUGCGUGCUAUUUCUAUGAUUCCAAUGUUUAAGUUUAGUUUUUGAGUAUUUUACUUUUGGUUUUGUACACCAGCUUCAAACAGCUGAAAAUGCAAUAUUAUUGGUUAAGAAAAUAUAUAUUUCACAAUGCUUUAGAUGGUACAAUGAUUAUUUACACUAAACGUGCUUGUUUUGUCACAAACUGAACUUAGGCGAACUAUUACAAUUUUAUUAACCAGGAAAUGGCAGAGCGAUUUCUACAUAGUGCAUCUUUGAAUCAUGAAAAUGUAUAAUAUUGAAUUGAUGCCAACAUAAUAAAAUGUUAAUGUGGAAUUUAGUGUGGAAUAUAUUUGUUCGUCAAGUAUUUCCAGUUGGUUGUGCAUUUUGUGAUUCAAUGCCACACUGCAAACAUUUACUGUACGUGUUAAAUUCACAGUGUUAACGUUUUUCUAACUCUGUGUAGUGUAGACAAAUAUAAAUAAAAUCCUGCCCAUCAUUAUCACAUUUCCCACCAUGCUCUAUUGCAGGUUGAUGUUUAGAAUUGUUUGUUUCAAUAUCUGUGUUUUUGCAUGUACAUUGAUGUAUUUAUUGAUUUCAUGCUACAGAAAUAUACAUACUUUGCCAACCAGCAUAAUGUGAUUUGCAGACCUGAUGUGGCUUGAAAGCCAAGAAUUUCAGACCGCUGUGUUAGGGAGAAACUAGGCCAUCAAAGAAAGGCCAUAACAUAUAUGUAAUGUAUUGUCAUAAAGGGUUUAAUCUUAAUUAAACGAUAACACUUAGGC